GCCGAGCGAAGAAGAAGAACGCCGUCGUCCCAAAUGUAAACAAAAGGGGAAUUGUCAAACUCCACAUGAAGACCAAUUACAGACGUCCUUCGCGUAAUCAGUAACAGCCAAGAUGAGUAAUAUCCCGGGAGCGGCUCAACUCUUUGACGAAUUGGACAAGAAGUUGAUGGUGUACCUCAGAGAUGGAAGGACACUUAUUGGCUACUUGAGAAGUGUCGACCAGUUUGCUAAUUUGGUUCUGCAUCGGACGAUAGAGCGCAUUCAUGUUGGCAGUCGGUAUGGAGACAUCGAUCGUGGUGUCUUUGUCAUCAGAGGGGAGAAUGUUGUCUUGCUUGGAGAGAUCGACGAUACGAAAGAGGGUGCCGCGGCCUUAGAGAAAGUCAGCAUAGAGGAAAUCCUUGAAGCACAACGUGUGGAGCAGGAACGACAGCAGGAGCAGGAGCAACUGCGGGCACGAUUUAUGAAGGAACGAGGCCUUCAGUACACUGCAGAAAUAGGCCCUGAUGACAUGUAUUGAUCAGAAGUAUCUCCAAGUAAUGUUUCAGUUUGUAAUUGAACAUUAUUCUUUUUAUUUUUCUCUCUGUUGUUUGUAUCGAGAUAUAGGCUUCGAUAAUAGUAAACCACUUUAUGUUUUAUUUCAUAUUCAGUAUUAAAGACAAAAAAGGUAUAUGAAUUUGCAUAUAUGAUAUUGUGUGAAAGAGGGAUGAAGAAUGUUUUAAAAAAAAUAUAUACAGAUGACAUGAAGACGUAAAAAAGUUAUUUGUUCUUAACUGGCAAACAUGAUUGAAGUUUGUAAUUUAGGAACUUUAAUUGUAAAAUAGAAUAUAUUCCAUUUUAUUUAUUUUUUAUUUUGGAGUACUUGAAAGCUGAAGGUUUAAACUGUGCAAGAAAUAAUUUAAUUUGGGAUCUCUUGAAAAGUCUAAAUAGUGGACAUCUAUGAUACUAAAUUUGAAGUUGUCAGAGUUAUCACUCCAUUUAGCUCUGUUGAAAAGGAUGGAGUUUCAGUUAAGUAUGCUUGAUAGCUCACAAUUUGAACAUGAGAACUAAUUACUUACCUGUAAAGUGUUACUUUUAAAUUUUCUUUGUAUGUGAAGAUAAAUAUUCGACUAUGAAAAUUCUUCUGUUUAAGGCAGAUAAUUCUUCUACUAUUCCAUUUCUUCAAGAGUAAAUAAAUUAUAGUGGGUAAUAAGAAACAGAAAUACUAUACUAUAGGCAUUUCAAAAUGGAACCAAACUGUAAAGUGUAUAUGGAGUUAUUUGUUAGCAAAAAUACUUUUAUGAAGCAAAUUUAUAAUCCAGAUUUUGUGUAUAAGGUACUCAUUUAAAGGAAUCAAGCGUGAUUCGUUGGUGCUGGGUCAGCUUUUGAAAUUGACAGGGAUUUAAUUCAGUAAUUUUCUUUUUUCCCAUGGUAAUGCCAUUUAUAUCAAACGUGUAGGGGGGUAUAUUUUGGAAGCAGUGGUUUUAGGUAAAACUGGACUUGUGUGUUACUUUAAAAUAGUUGGGUAUCAUUGUCAUAUUGGAAAAGUCUUUCCUGUGACCAUUCCCAAACUACUUAGUUAUAUUGCUUCUAUGUUUUCAAUUCCUUCAAGAACAUUAUUAUUUGGUAAGUCACAGUAAACAUUCUAAGAUAAUUGUUUGAAAACAAAAUACAGGGAUUUAUUACUGAAAAAAACUAGACCCAGACAUUCAUAUAUAGUUUGGUCUGAAUACUGUAUAUUUUGUCUACAGUAAUGAUUACAUUUGUCAGCGUGCAUACUGUACUCCAUAUUAGAGUACCAUAUGUUACUUAUUUCUUAUUGAUAAAAGCAGUGUUGCACGUUAUUUAAUUACAAAGCUCAAAUAUGAUGGAAAUGAAAUUGCAAUCUGUAACUUUGUAUCUUCAUUACGUAUUGAACGGUUGUUGACUAACGUAUGCAUCAUAUCGUGUAUAUAUGCCUAAGUUAUCUCACUUAUUUUUUUUAAUUCAUCUGGUGUAAAGUUUCUAGCAGUAUAUUGUGCCUCUGUGAGAAUACUUGCUGGCACUUUUGACUGUAUUUUGAGAUUCUUAUUUUUUUUCUUCAGUUUGUAACAUUUAUUUUCUACUAUACAAGUCAUUGUAUAUAAGGUUUCAAUAAAUUUUUUCUAAUUUUUUAAA